AUGGCAUGUAAGUACAAGUCCCCCUUCGCGUUCAGACUGACAGUAAGCAGACAUAGUGUUCUUCGAAAAUAUGUCCUGGAGGACGAGAUUACCCCAUUGCCAACAGGCCAUUCCGACAUCCUCGAAGAGCAAGAACCAGAAUUCUGCAGUAAGAUCAACCCUAGAAGUCCCUUCACGUCGAUGAUGGUAGCACAUGACUGCCGUCUGAUCAUGGGCCCUGGCCGGCAAGGCGAAGUCUUCGGGAUUGUUGCCCUACUCCCUGAUGAGCGGAUGAAUGAGGAUCCCAACGCGAAACAAUCCUGGGUCUCGGAAGGUAGUCUAGAAAAGAUGCUAGACACAUUUUCUGAGUUCCCUGACUGGAUCAUCAGCAUUUUCAAGCAUUCGCGGGACCUCGGAUUAUGGCAGUUGCACGACAUCAACCCUCUUCGCACUUGGUACCGCGGCCGAGUUCUCCUCAUUGGAGACGCGGCUCAUGCGAUGCUACCAACCCAAGGGCAAGGAGCGAGUCAGGCAAUUGAGGACGCCGAGGCACUGGGUGCUUUUUUUGCAGAACAGGCUGACAGCCCUUCUGGUGAAGAGAUCGGCCGAAUUUUCGAAGUAGACGUUUUCCGUAGCCGACACAACCGCGCGGGCCUGAUCCAAGCCUAUAGCCGGCAGGCAGCAAAACCGGGUACUGCUAAAGGCGCGAAAACAGUCACAAUGUAG